AGCAGCUCCGGCCAUGAAGCAGGCAUCAACUUACGAGCUGAAUCGACGCAAACACGAGUAGCAAAUUACUACAACGUACUUAGUGAUCGAAGCGUCCAAGAUGAUGAAGAUGAGGGGUCUCUUUGUUCUCGCUCUGCUUGUCGUUGCCGCGGCAGCGGGGCUCGCGGCACGAGGCGCGGACGCGGCGGGCGAGUGCGGGGCGACGCCGGCGGACAGGAUGGCGCUGAAGCUGGCGCCGUGCGCGUCGGCGGGGCAGGACCCCGCGUCGGCGCCGUCCAGCGGGUGCUGCACGGCGGUGCACACCAUCGGGAAGCAGAGCCCGAAGUGCCUUUGCGCCGUCAUGCUCUCCAACACCGCCAGGAGCGCCGGGAUCAAGCCGGAGGCCGCCAUCACCAUCCCCAAGCGCUGCAACCUCGUUGACCGCCCCGUCGGCUACAAGUGCGGAGCUUACACACUGCCAUGAGCGACCUCCAGACACUUCAUGCGCGGCCGGCCGGUCUCUGGAUGCAGCUGAGCGUUGCUCAUCAUGUACAAUAAAAUGGGUUCCAUGACGUGGGGACUCCGUGAUCUGGAGGCGUGCUGCCGCUAGAGAUACUGUGUAUCACUCACUACUUGUAUCUCGACUCUUGAGAGCAGCAUUCUCAGGAUAAUAAUAAACCUUUGUUUUUUACAGCAAAA